CAGACAGACAGACAGACAGACAGACAGACAGACAGACAGACAGCCCGGGUGAGGCAGACAUUGUCAGCAAAGUUGCAGCGAGACACAGCUGCCGCGGGGCCCCGGGACCAACGGGAAAGGCGAGAUUGAACACAUCAAGGUGCCGACAUUGGACCUGGGCUCAUGUGGACAUCGAUGCUGACUGGAGCCGGUUGCUGAAUAAACAGCGUCCACAGCGGGGGAACUAUCCUGUUGCAACAGGUGGAUGCUGUGUUGAUGACUUCACACGGUCUACAUUUGGAAUAUGAGUGCAUAAAUAUUAAUUUGACAACAUGAUGCUGGCAUGGUUGCCAUGAAGAUUGAUAACUUGCAGGCCACUGCAGAGAAUCCUUUGAACAAUGCGUGCAAUGCAGCAAUUGCUGCUUCUGCCGACGAGUUGCCAGAGAAUGCAUCAAAACAGCAGUAUGUGAUGGAGGUGACAUACAGCAAUGGCCAGCCUUCAUCAUCCAUACUCAGAACCAGCAGCACGUCCAGUGAUAUUCCCAUCUGCAGAAUUUGCCAUGACCCUGGCGACAAGGAGUGCCUGCUCUCUCCGUGUGAAUGUUCAGGGACUUUGGGCACUGUUCACCGCAGCUGCCUGGAGCAGUGGCUGGCUGCAUCGUGCUCCAGUCACUGUGAACUAUGCCACUUCGAGUUUACUCUGGAACGGAUGUCAAGACCACUCUUAGAGUGGCUGAAGGACCCUGCACUACAACACAAGAGGAAGAUGCUGUGUGGAGAUAUCAUCUGUUUUCUCUUCAUCACACCAUUGGCGACUUUGUCGGGCUGGCUCUGUGUCCAUGGAACCGUUGACCAUUUUUACUUCAACAGCAGUAUAGAAGCAGUGGGACUUCUCAUUCUUUCUGCUGUGCUAAUCACCAUUUACAUUCUCUGGACAACGGCUUCGUUCCGAUAUCACAUGCGGCUGUUGAAGGAGUGGAGGCGGACCAAUCAGAAAGUUAAAUUGCUAAUUCCACGUUCACAAGUGGUGGUGAACAACCUGCCGAACCUUCUAGCCCCAAACACAAGCAUUAUUGUUUCCAAAGAAACCAUCGUCUGACUUCAGAAGGAACUGUCUUGAAUCUUCUGCAGCUGGAAGAGGGACCAAUCUUCCAAGUUACAGCAAAUAAUAAAGCAAAAAUGGGUUAAUAAGGUAGAACGAGCAAUGACCUUUCCAUGAAUACUGCUCCUUCUUAAAUAUUCUGCUACCUGACUGCAGACUAUUCAGCAUUAUCAUACAACAGCAAACAAACAAAGAUGAAUAUUAAAACUGGUGGUAAACUAAUACUUCUUUGUACCUUUUAUUCAAUUAUUCCCCUUGAGAGUUCUUGUGCUACUUGUCAGGGCUAAUUACCUGAGCUGUCAGGUAUAAAAUCAUCUUUCUCAUAGUGGGAAUUAAAAUGACCACUAGCAACUCUCUCUCUCACCGUCUCUCUGUUAGACGGCAUCUGUUUAAGGUGAAUCUUGCUGCAUUUGAUUCAUUAUCUGUUGUAGGUUUAGCAAUGGUCAGAAUGCCACUAAACCACACAACAUGCGGCAUUAUUGCAAGUUACGACACUUGUAAACAAUGAGAAAAAACAUUGGUAAAUAUCACCACAAAAAUUAAAAACCCUAACUAUACUUAGUUUGAUAAAUCAUACAGAGGCUCAAAAUAUUAUUUUAAUAUAAACUGAGAGAACAUCUAACACAAUGUUUAAUCUUUCAUUGUAAUUUUGGUUUCAGUUUUUUUUGAGUGCAACAGUUUGAUAAAAUAAUAAACAUGUUGAUUUUACUGCCUGUUAAAAUUUUGAGUACAGAUGUUGAAAUUGAUACCCUUGUUAAAGAAUAAAAUAAAUGUGGAACAGCUCAAUAUUUUGUGAAUUUUAA